UCCGGCCGGGACAGGGGAGCGGUUUAGUACCGGCCCCGGUAGCACCUCCACCGCAUGUGAGGCCCCGAACCGCACAGCAUGCUGGGACUUGUAGUCCGGCCCCUGAUCGUAUGGUGGCUGUAACUUUCCUCAGGCGCGGGGUCCCUGCACUUCUAGCUGUAACUUGUAAAUACUGUUAUUUGUAUAUACUGUAAAUGAUGACCUCGGUGGCCACGAACCGCACCCGGGGUAACUGGGAACAGACACAGAACCAGACGCAGCACAAGCAAAGGCCUCAGGCCACUGCAGAACAGAUCCGGCUGGCACAGAUGAUCUCAGACCAGAAUGACGCAGACUUUGAAGAAGAAGUAAAACAGCUGAUUGACAUUACAGGGAAGAACCAGGACGAGUGUGUGAUCGCUCUUCACGACUGCAAUGGCGACCUUAACAGAGCCAUCAACGUCCUGCUGGAGGGGAACCCCGACACGCACUCCUGGGAGAUGGUGGGUAAGAAGAAAGGAGUAUCUGGGCAGAAGGAGAGCGGGCAAACAGAACAGACCGAGGAGACACGAGAGAACCGAGACAGAGAGAGAGACUUCAGCCGCAGGCGUGGGGGGGCACCCCGGAGGGGUCGGGGCGGCAGCCGCAGCAGAGAGUUUCGGGCACAAGAAAACGGCUUGGAAGGCGGCAAAUCUGGCGGAUCUUCUGGCAGAGGCACAGAGAGGGGUCGCCGGGGUCGUGGUCGAGGCCGAGGUGGAUCAGGAAGAAGAGGCGGCCGGUUCUCAGCGCAGGGCAUGGGGACAUUUAACCCCGCGGACUACGCUGAACCUUCCAACAAUGAAGACAACUACGGAAACAGCAGCACUUGGAAUAACGCCACCAACUUUGAACCCGACGACGGAACAAGACUUGAUUACAUUGGGGGUGAGGGCUCAGAUUAUCCCCGAAAAUUUUCCACUGCUCCUGGUAUGACACAUCCAGGUGCCUGGAGAACGGCCCCAGAAGAGUGGGGGACAGAGGACUGGAACGAGGAUCUUUCCGAAACCAAGAUCUUCACAGCGUCCAAUGUUUCAUCUGCGCCUCUCGCCUCUGAGAGCGUGACCAUCACCGCGGGCCAAAGGAUUGACCUGGCGGUUUUGUUGGGGAAAAGUCCUUCAUCCCUAGAGAAUGAGUCCUCGGGCCUGGACUCCGCACAGAACCCCUCCCUGAACCAGCCCCUCGUGUUCAGCAGCUCCAAGCAGAGCUCCAUGUCACAGGCCAGCUCGGGUAGCGCCUUCCCCCACCACAGCAUGGUCAGCAUGCUGAGUAAGGGCUUCGGUGAUGGGGAACCCAAGGGCGGCACCACCAGUGGGUCACAGUUCCUGGAGCAGUUUAAGACGGCGCAGGCUCUGGCCCAGCUGGCGGCUCAGCACUCAGAUUCCUCUGGUAACACCUCCUGGGACCUGAGCUCCUCGGCACAGACCUCCGCCUUGGGGCAGUUCGAUCUGAAGAGCACGUCCGAUCCCUUCACCAAGCACCAGAGCUUCUCCCCCGCCUCCACCAUGAUGGACGUGUACCUGCAGGACAAGGUGCCCGUGACCAGCGCUCCUUCUGCGGUGCCGGUGUGCCCAUCCUCCCCUCUGACCGGAAAAACAAACCAUCCCCCCCAGAUGUCCCCAGUGUCCCCCGAAAACCAGUCAGGAAGUCCACAGCCGGCCCACCAGAAGAUGAAGGUGCAGAAGAAGAAAACGUCCCUCACAUCCAAAAUUCCGGCUCUGGCGGUGGAGAUGCCGGGAACAGCCGACAUAUCGGGGCUGAACCUGCAGUUUGGGGCCUUGCAGUUUGGUUCUGAGCCAGUUCUCCCGGAAUAUGAAUCCUCUCCGACAACCAACACGACUGUGAGCCAAUCCCAGAACAGCCUGUACACCAGCCCGGCAAGUGACGCGUCCAGCAGUGUGGUCAGCAGUCAGAGCCCAGAGUCUGCGUAUCAAGGAAGCAGCAUCCAGAACGCAACGUUUACCUCACAGAGCAGCACUCAGGGCCCCUUAUACGAACAGAGGUCCACACAGACCAGACGCUACCCCAUCUCCUCCUCCACCUCCUCACCACAGAAGGAGAUCAGCCAGUCCAAGAACGGCUACAAUUCCGCACAGACUUCCACCAUGCAGACUCCUGUAUCAGGAGAAGUUGCCUCAGCCCCAACGAUUAAACCAGAUUCGUCACCCGCCUCCAGCAUUGUCCCCCUCAGCGACUCUGUGUCCACGUCCUCCUUACUGACCACCGCUGGACCCCCCCACUCCUCCCAGCUGAGCGGCCUGAGCCACAGCGAGGAGCUGCAGAACCCGGUGGCCUCGGCUCAGCUCAGCAGUACUUUACCCUCUCAGCACCCGACGCCCAUUUCAUCCACAGUGAGGACUUCAUCGUCCACCCCACUGCACACCAGUGUGGAGAGUGAUGCCAACUUACAUUCGGUCACCACCUUCUCCAGUACGGUGGCCAGCGCUCCACCCGUCUCUUCCUCUCUGAGCGUCAGCAGUCUGAGCCUGGGCCUAAGUACGAGCUCCACCAUAGCUCCCUCAACACGGAACUCCAUAGCCUCCUCAUCAGGUAAAGCACCUCCAAACCUACCGCCAGGUGUUGCGCCGCUGUUACCAAACCCCUACAUCAUGGCUCCCGGUCUGUUACAUGCUUAUCCUCCACAGGUCUAUGGUUACGACGAUCUGCAGAUGUUACAGACAAGGUUUCCUCUGGACUAUUACAGCAUCCCGUUCCCCACGCCCAGCACUCCGCUCACCGGAAGAGACGCCAGUCUGACAAGUAACCCCUACUCUGGUGACCUCUCCAAGUUCGGUCGCGGAGAAGCCUCGUCCCCGGCCCCAGCCACCACCUUGUCGCAGCCGCAGCAGAACCAGACGCAGGGUCACCACACAACGCAGCAAACAUUCCUAAACCCUGCCCUGCCGCCCGGAUACAGCUACACAAGUCUUCCCUACUACACCGGGGUACCGGGUCUGCCGAGCACCUUCCAGUACGGACCCGCCGUAUUCCCAGUGGCACCUACUACAUCAAAACAACACGGAGUCAAUGUUGGGGUCAACACAUCGGCUGGCGCCUUCCAGCAAGCAGCGAGUUACGGCUCCCAUGCCUAUAACACCGGCUUUGAGGACUUGGGCCAGGUUUCCAGCGUGGGGGAUUUCUGUAAGGGUGCUUUUAGUGGGGCUUCUGCUGCUCAAAGCAAACCUGCUGCUGCUUGCACCAAUGGACCAGGCGCUGGUGUGUCCGUAACCUCAAGUAACACUGGCGUUCCGGAUAUUUCUGGCUCGGUCUAUUCGAAGACGCAGCAAUCGUUUGAGAAGCAGGGAUUCCACACCGGGACCCCCGCAACAUCCUUUAAUUUGCCCUCUGCUCUGGGCAGUGGUGGUCCCAUGAACCCGGCCACAGCGGCUGCGUACCCACCCGCUCCAUUUAUGCACAUACUGGCCCCACAUCAGCAGCCGCACUCCCAGAUCCUUCACCAUCACCUCCAGCAGGACGCUCAGAUUUUGUGUUACCAGCUGCUGCACGAUGAUCAGACCGGCUCGGGACAGAGAAACCAAGGCGCCUCAAUGCCGCAGAAGUCUCAGGCCAGCAAGUCGGCAUACAGCAGUUACAGCUGGGGGUCGAACUGAGCGGCCGCCAUUAUAUCAUCCCCCCCACCCAACCGAACCACAGGAUCAGCACAUGAAGCAUUAGUGUGUCCUCCGCCGCCCCUGUCCGGCCUCUCCCCUCCCCCCCUCUUGUAUGUAACAUAGAAUUUGUAUUUUCCUUCCAAUUUUCUGCAGUUGGAUUAUUAUGAAAUGUUUGCUCUUUUAUGGGGAGGGGCCGGUCUUAUAUAUAUAUUUUUUCUUAUCUCCUCCCCCCCCCCCCCCCCCCUUUCUUUUGUUUUUUAACCUCUUCAUGCAGAGGUGAGUCAGGGGAUCCAGCGUGCCGCCACCUCUGCGUCCCCCAGGAAGGAUCGCUAUGAGUUUUUCGCAUUGUAUGAAUCAUUAGUUGACGUGUUUCUUCUUUCUUUUUUUUUUUUUUUUUUUUUUGUACUGUGUUCUAAAUUUAAUGGAUAAACGUGUCUUGUAUAUAUAAAAGGAAAACACAGCUG